CUGUCAAAUGACGAACAGGCAAAAAUAAACCUUAUCGUUAUCAGUCUAACAGGAAUUCCUAACAAUUAUCACAUGUUAGAGAUUCUAACUGCACCGAAAUCGUACCUAUUUGUAGUAAGGAAACUGCCUAUAGAAUUCUGAUGUUCGCGCGCAUUGUACGUAAACUAAAAAACUUCUUGUUUGUUGACAUACUACAUCGUAUAGUUGUGUUGCGCCCCGCGCCAUCGCGCGCCGUCGUAUCUUGCAUUUGUGCUGUGCAAUUAAAUUAAUUUUUCAACGUUUAAGAACAUAAACUGAACAGUGAAAUCAAUUUUGUGGACUAUAGUGACGCAGGACGUACUAAUAACUGUUAAUUUCGACUGUGAACUAAAAAGAGCGGGCAAAAUCAGUGUGCAUGUGAUUAUAACGAGCUAUUUAUAGAUACACCUACAUAGCGGCGACGCCGUUUCUGUCUCUGCAGAAGUGAUUUUGGAUCAAUUGAACAUUCCAGCAGUAUUGUGUACCUAAUAACAUUAUUCAUUUGCUAAAUUGAUUCGUAAAUUAGAUCGCAUUUCUCUAGAAAACGAAACCGCGAAACAAGUUUGACAGCUCACGGUUGCACACAUUCAUAGAAAAGACCGCCUCGCGCAGUGCGCAUGUGUGCGUACUAAGUGAUGUGAAUUUCUUGCGCUUAUCGAUUGGCGAGAUAAUUUCAAGGACACCAAUCGAGACUAUGUAUGAAGAUUAAUUUUUGUAUGAUAACAAUACACAAAAAUUGAAAAUAGCUAUUGAUCAAAAUGGAUUCUCCAUUUUUAGACAGUAAAAAUUCAGAUCUGAUGUCUGUAAGAACUUCAACCAGUUCUAAUCAGUUAUUUAUAGCCGAGAGUUCUGAUUUACCUGAUGAUGCAUUCCGCACAAGCGUCGACAACAUUUCUGUUAUCGGCGAGAAUGUGACUGUCGGAGACAGGAAUUUGUCAAUAGAUAGCAGUUUACUGAGUCCUAAUGUCGGUACACCCGUUAUUGAUAUAACUACACCGCUUCAAACCCCUGUACCGGAAACUCCGCCUCUAGAUAAUUCGCUGCCAAUAACUGAAACUCCUAAAGUUGAUGAAAUAAAUAAAUCUGAGACUCGCCGACCGGAAAAUUUAUUGAUAUUAUCGCUCACUAAAAAGAAUGAGAAUGAUAUUUUUGUAAAGCCGUCCCCAGUGGCGGAGGUCAUGUCGCCGGCUAGGAUGUUGCAAUUCGAGGUCGAUUUAGCUAACAGUGCGACGCCGACGAUGAAGCGAGCCGCUAUAGACUUCGACUUCUUCAGUAAGAACAAGUUCGAGGAAUACUUUGAUGAGGAUGAGAAACCCACCGUAGUAGUGGAAAGGGAGCCUGAACAGUCAACAGAAGAUAAAGUUUUUGAAGAAACACCCGUUAUCGUAAAGCCCGACACCGUUAGACACGAAAUCGGCUUUGUUAAUCUAAAUGGAGCUUCAAAAGUGGACAUAUCACAUUUCGACUUGCUCAAAGUCCUCGGCACGGGAGCUUACGGCAAAGUGUUCCUAGUAAGAAAAAGAUGUGGUGUUGACGAGGGUAAACUAUACGCAAUGAAAGUUCUCAAAAAGGCAUCAAUAGUACAGAAGUUAAAGACAGCGGAACACACUAGGACAGAAAGACAGGUCCUGGAAGCAGUACGAGCGUGCCCAUUCCUGGUUACACUACACUAUGCCUUCCAGACUGACGCUAAGCUUCACCUCAUAUUAGGUAAGUGUUUUUAACAUAUCCAACGCUGU